ACUUUGUGUGGUGCAUAUAAAGGAGGAGCUUGCCUGCCACACGAGUUAGACAAGAGACAAAUCCAAGCCAUGGCGUGUGAGAGCCCGGUAUACGUGUCUCUACAAUCAUUCGAGGUGUCUCAGCUGAUAACAGCUUUUCCCAGGAAGAGUCGCGUCAUUAAGGACAUCGGGUCCUUCACCUACAUCGUCACAGUGCAGCUUAACGGUGGAGAUGUCAGCCUCAAGCUCCAGCUCACCGAAGUCGUAUCCGUCCACCGUUCCGGAGAUCGUUGUGUGUUCCGACAGACUGUAUAAAGAGGACAACGAAAAGCUGACCACAAAACUGAUGACUGAAGCUUCGGCGAACCUAGGACAGCCUGUGAUUCAGAAACUUAUCUCCCAUCGCCGAAGGCUGGCUUAACGACCGUACCACCGACGUAGGAAAAUCCAACGACACAGUCACUACAACUGGUGACAAAAAGAAAGUAUCGAAAGGAAAGCCUUCUGGAAAGUCGGGGCGUGGUAACGAGAAGACAGCAGACGACAAGAGAGCUCCUCUAAAGACAGCAGAAGACGUUGUAAACAGAGUCCUAUGGGAUGACAAGCUGAAGAAAGAGGAUUUUUUCGUUGGUUAUCUAGACAGGUUCAAAGGUACAGUGGAAAAAAACUUCUCAACUUUUUCUUGGGAAGACAUUGCUACAGUUGACUAUAACGCACUAGCUAUUCCCAAGCACCGGAUCCAGUACUUCAAGUAUCGAAACGAAAACAUUUGGGACAAGGCGUCUCGCCUGGACAGGGUCUUUGGUUCUGACGACGUGGCGUCGACAUCUACGACAUCGUAAGCAAGCACCAACAGAAGACAGAUUUGACCAGUGGAGAAGGCGGAGGAGACGCUAUGAAACCUCGUGAAUCUUCGUUUCCAGACUUUGGUAAGGAAGCCUCCGAUGACAGGACGUUGCGUGGUUUUUCACACGAUGCUCUUCGGGACUCAUGCCCUCAGCUGAGCGGACAAACUGACCUGGACUCGAAAGACUCGGACUGCAAUGACCAGCAGGUCUGGAAGGACACUUCCAGGCCCACGCACUUUCUGGCUCUUCGUAUCACGAACGAGGAGAUCGUGCGAAUGGUAGGGCAAGUUCAAGCUCACAUGUUGAAGAUCCAACCACUAUACAGCCCGUGCUGUAUCCCCAGCUCGGCGCUGCACAUCACUUUGUGCACCCUAGGACUAGACACCCCAGACCAGGUCGCGCAUGCAGUAGAAGUGCUGCAUCGUAUCCAGCCUCAGCUAGCCACCUCCCUGCCACACACGCCCCUCCGUGUUGACGGCGUCGACACCUUCUUCAACCGCGUGGUGUAUGCCAAGGUCCAGCAGCAACCUGAGUUCAUGGAGUUCGUGGACCACCUGAAGUUGCUGCUAUGGGAGUCGGGCGUGGAAAUGCGCGACGUUCACCAUGGCUACACACCUCAUGUGACCAUAAUGAAGGCGACGAAGCCUCUGGUAAAUCAGAAAGGCACAAAAGACGUAGACCCUAGCCUGUAUAAAGACUACACAGACAUGUACUUCGGACAGCAGACCCUUGAUCGGGUCUACUUGUGCACUAUGGGGGGAUCGAAGCGGGAGGAUGGAUUUUACGAAUGCUUAGGUGAAAUUGAGUUUGGCCAGGCAUAGCCUAAAACGAUUUUCCCAAAACAAGGAGAAACAACACAUUGCAUAAUGGCUAGAAGUAACGAGAAAGUUAAAAGCAUGUUUUAUUUUCAAGGCUGUUCAUUUUCAAUCCAGUAGCGGAUGAUCGGCUCCUUUUCCAUCUCUUCCCACUUUUUUUAGUUUGCAAUAUUCAUACUUUUCUUCUGCUCUUUUGUUCAAGGUCACUGCCUAUUGUGGAAAUGCACUAUAAUAAUAACAAAAGUGAACUUACAUAGCACCAUAUCAUGGCCCAAUGCCGAAUGGGCAAGCCUAUGGUGUUUUACUGACAAAAAAAACAAAACAAAACAACAACACACGAAGGCACAAAACACGCAAAAUUAUUUUUUUUAUAGAAUGCUAUGUGAUGAUGAUGAUGAUGAUGAUUGAUGAUUGAUGAUGAUGGAUUAGUUAAACGAUUGUACAAUUUUUCAUUCCUUAGUAUUAGCUGUUUGUGUAUGUGGUGGAAAGAAAAAGCGAUUAAAAAACUCAAUUGUAAAUC